UUUUGUUGAUUUUUUUCACCAUUAUUGAUUUGUGAUUUUUGGGUACUUACUAACGCUUCGGCUUUUGUGUUAUUUUUAUUUUCGAAGCCUGGAUAUUAGGCGUAAAAGUGUCAAUUGCCUAGCUAAUAAUGAUAGCCAGGCCAUGGACUGACGAUUUGCCGAAAUGUCGUAAUACUUGCGUCGCUUCUUACUUUUCACCUGGAGAUGGCACGAACAGUUCAAACGACGACUAUCUUUGCUUUUACUGCCAGACAGAGGAUAAUGCUUGUCUAUAUGGUGUGUUUGAACCCCACAAUGGUUUGGAAGCGGCCAGAUUUAUUAUGCAGAGGAUGGCUGCUGAAUUACUGUUUCCACCGCCUUCAAUAAAUAAUACAGAUGAAGAGAUAAGAGAAAGAUUGAGAAAUGCAUUUGUGUCAGUGGAAAAGGCAUACAUAGAGAACUACGACGGCAUGAUAGCGGAGAGGACAAGUCUGCAGUACCGACUGCAAAUACUGAAUGCACAUACUGCACAGAUGAACCCAAACUGCGACAACAUCCUCUACCGCCUGAAGGAAAUAGACCAGCAUUUGUCUGGAGGAGCCACCGUCGUCAUCGCAUUAGUGCAUAAUAACAAACUCUACGUUGCCAACGUCGGCGAAACACGAGCUCUGCUGUGCCGCACUGAUGAUAACGCUGUGCUGAGAGUGGUGCAGCUCACGGUGGACCAUAGCCUUAACAAUGAAGAUGAGCUACUGAGGCUGUCUCAACUGGGGUUGGAUGUCAACAAACUUAGAAAUGCUCAGUACCUAGGAAACCAGACCGGUACGCGUUGCCUUGGCAACCACCUUGUUAAGGGCUUAUACAAAGCCUUUCCGUCUAUCAGCGCGGCGGCCACGGAACCCGUUGUAGCGGCGCCUGAGAUACAUGGACCCAUCGCGCUCGACGAAUCCUGCAGAUUCUUGGUGCUAGUCAGUGCGGGCGUCUACAAAAGAAUACAAGAAGUGAAAGGUAGCAGCGAACAGACGAACAAACAGUUAUCACAAAUCAUAGUAGAAAACUUCAGGAAGCAAAACGACUUCAAACGAGUCAGCCAAUCCGUCCUAGAAGAAAUCGAACAAGAGUUCCUAACAUACUGUGCCAGAAAUAAUCUAACUCCAAAACCAAAUACUCAUGUAACUUUAUUAAUACGUAAUUUUAAUUUCCUACCCCCAAUCACGAACGAUACAAAUACAACAGUGCAAAAACAAAACGCAGUUCGAUUCAAUCCGAUUGUACAAUCGAAAUCGAAUACGAUUCUCAACGAAAUCGAUUCCGACGUGUAUUCGUCCGGUAACGAUGUGGAGACGAACGAUUCGAAUAUCGAUACCAAUCGAUCUAUCGAGUCGUCGUCCGAUAUUUAUCCGAAUCGGCCUUACGACAAGGAUAGAAGGAUCAAGGGUUAUGUUGAUUUCUCUUGUUACUUUGAAAAUGUUGCAAAGGCGAGGAAAAAUCGUACACUGCCUAGUUUUAUUAAAUAAAUAAUUAAUAUUUUGUGAUGUGAAUUGACUAAUGCAUUUAAGUGUUUAUAUUAUUUAUUUAUUAACAUAACUGUUUUUGUGAUUGUGAAUGGCUUUAAUAAAUAGAAAAAUAUUUA